AUGGCCGAACAAACAGUGCCACUCGGGCGCUACCUGUGGGAGAGAAUCAAGCAACUCGGUAUCAAGAGCGUCUUCGGCGUGCCCGGCGACUUCAACCUCACCCUCCUCGACCACAUCUACGACGUCGAAGGUCUCGAAUGGGUCGGCAACACCAACGAACUCAACGCCGCCUACGCCGCCGAUGGCUACGCCCGCGUCAAGCAAGGCGCAGGCUGCGUCGUCACCACCCACGGCGUCGGCGAACUGUCUGCGCUCAACGCCAUCGCGGGAGCCAUGACUGAACAGGUGAAGGUCAUCCAUGUGGUUGGACAGACGUCUCUCACCAUGCAGAAGAAUAAGAUGAUGAUUCACCACAGUAUUGGUUCUUCACCGGAUCAUCAGGUGUUCAACAAGGCUUCGAUGGGAUUUCGAGUUGCGGCUGCGGAGUUGCAGUCGGAGGUUGAUGCCACCAAGAAGAUUGACGAGACGUUGAGGCAGUGCUUCGUCAAGUCGGGUCCGGUGUAUGUGUUUGUUCCGAUCGACUUGGUGGAUAAGCAGGUUCCUUCCAAAGCACUCGAGACGCCCAUCGAUCUCGAGCCGGAGUUCGAUCCUCAAGUGGUGGAGGAGGCUACAAAGGCCAUUCUCGAUAUGGUGUACGCCAGCAAGCAUCCUUCCGUCUUUGUGGACUGUCUCGUGCAACGCCACAAUGCGAUCAAGGAGGCUACGGAGCUGGUUGAUAAACUCGGUGUCUUGGUGUACACGAGUAACAUGGGAAAGGGUAUCAUCGACGAGACGCAUCCGAAUUACUUGGGAGUGUACAAUGGACAGAUCUCUGGUCCAGGUGUCGAGUCGGCUUUUGAGGCGAGCGACACUGUGUUGGUGUUGGGGAAUCUGCCAUCAGACACCAACUCCGGAGGCUUCACCCGCAAGAUCAAGACUCAAGCCAUCUACAUCAAUGAAUUCGACGUCUCGAUCCAAGGAGGCAAGACAUGGACCGCGCCACUCAAAGCCGUCCUCGCAUCCCUCGUCAAGACCGUGCAAACCGACAAAGUCCCCAAAAUCACCAAGCCCAAACUCCCCGAAGCACCCCUCGAAGAAGACCACGACUCCAAAUCCAUCACCCAAUCCUGGAUCUGGAACUACCUGGCCGACACCUACUUCCGCAAACACGACGUCAUCUUCGGCGAAACCGGCACCGCCGCCUUUGGCAUCCCCGACACCACCUUUCCCGCCGGCAUCAACUGGAUCACACAGACCUACUACGGCUCGAUCGGGUACUGCACACCCGCCGCUCUGGGCGCCGACGUCGCCCUGUCCGAACUCGCCUCCCAAAGCCGUCCUCGGGGCCGCACACUCCUCGUCACGGGCGAUGGAAGCCUCAUGCUCACGGUCCAGGAAGUCGGCAACAUGGUCAAACUCGGCCUGAAACCCGUCAUCCUCCUCAUCAACAACUCCGGCUACACCAUCGAGCGGGUGAUUCACGGCGCGCACCAGUCGUACAACGACAUCGUGCCGUUCGACUACAAGCACAUGCUUCCCUUCUUCAACAUGUCCCCGGAACAAGCGGCGGCCAACUUCCACCGUUGCACCACCAAAGUCGGGCUGGAGGAGAUUCUGAAGAAGGACUCCGUGCGCAACCCGCAGGCUGUACAAGUCGUGGAGAUCGUCAUGGACAAGUUGGACGUGCCGUGGCGACUGAGCAUGCAAAUCGCCACGAGGGGCGAGGAUGCAGUGCAGGAGAUGGAGGGGUAA